GACUAAGCAUAGAGCACAAAACCAAAACCUUUAUCUAAAGAGAAACAAAAAUGGGGUCUCCAUUAAUGGCUUCUCUCUUAUCAACUUUGCUCGUCUUCACAAUUUCAUUAAGCUUUGCUUCUGCCAACUACGAAUACAAAUCUCCCCCUCCGCCUGUGAAACACUACAACCCUCCUCCGGUUUAUCAUUCUCCACCUCCUCCCAAGAAGCACUAUGAGUACAAAUCUCCCCCUCCGCCUAUGAAACAUUACCCUCCUCCUGUCUAUCACUCUCCACCACCACCCAAGAAACAUUAUGAAUACAAAUCUCCUCCUCCACCUGUUCGUCACUACACUCCUCCUCCCGUCUUCCAUUCUCCGCCACCUCCUAAGAAACAUUACGAAUACAAGUCUCCUCCUCCACCUGUUCGUCACUACACUCCUCCUCCGGUAUAUCACUCUCCACCACCGCCUAAGAAACAUUAUGAAUACAAAUCUCCUCCUCCGCCAGUUCACCACUACACUCCUCCCCCAGUAUAUCACUCUCCACCACCGCCCAAGAAACACUAUGAAUACAAAUCUCCUCCUCCACCUGUCCACCACUACACUCCUCCUCCGGUUUACCACUCCCCACCUCCACCGAAAAAGCACUAUGAAUACAAGUCUCCUCCUCCACCAGUUCGCCACUACACUCCUCCACCGGUUUACCACUCUCCACCCCCACCAAAGGAACACUAUAUGUACAAGUCUCCUCCUCCGCCGGUUCACCACUACACUCCUCCUCCGGUCUACCACUCUCCACCACCACCGAAGGAACACUAUGAAUACAAGUCUCCUCCUCCGCCAGUGCAUUACCCUCCUCCCGUUUACCACUCUCCACCACCACCUAAAACCCACUACGAAUACAAGUCUCCACCUCCUCCGUACCACUAUUAAUUACACUUAAUAUGGAGUCCCUCGGUAUACAAGCAUAUUUGGAUAUAAUAAAAGAGACAAGAGUGAAGCACGAAGUCAAACAGUCGCUCUUAAGACAAAGUUUCCCAUUUCCGUCCUUUUUUUUUUAAAAAAAAAAAGUUUGUAAUAAUUUCGAAACAUGCUGUUGAAUCAAGUGGUCCUUCAUGCAUGCGGUUAAUGAAAUAUUUGUGGGUUACGUACUUUCUUCUACAAACAUCAAAAUAAAAUAAAAUGGUUUCUCGCUUCUCA